AUGAAUAAUAAAGUUGUCAGUCUUGGUAUAUCACCCAAAACCCAGCCAUCUCGAACUGCAGUUGAGGUACUGGCUGGUAAAAAGUGCAUUUCAUCAGUUCCAUUGUUUUCGUAUUCUGCAUUAGAUUUCAUUUUUGACCUACGGAAUCCCGGACCUCAUAAUGAUGAAAACCGUUCGGAAUUUGAGGAUAUGCUAUUGGCUAAGUGGGAAGAAGCUGAGAAAUGCAAGUUAUUGAAUUAUGGACUAAAUACUAUGUACAAAUUGCUUGAAGGAGAUUUCAAUCUUUCUGUUCAGCUGAAUGUUGAACGCGGGGAAAUGAGACGCAAGCCAACGCAUUUUCGCGCAGUGCAGGAAUGUUUUUGCAAUUUAAGGUGGAAUUUCAUGAAAUUAAAGGAGAAAGAAGUACUGUUUUAUUUACGACGGAAAGGUAGUUCAGUAGGUCACCAUGCUGUUGCAGUUAAUGCUGCACCGCUAAUAAGAGGGCAUUCCUUGUUAUUACCAAAUAUCGAUCAUCCUACACCACAGGUUCUUUCUGAAACUGCUGUCCGUUUGGCAACCGAUACAAUGCUAUUGUCGAAAAAUAAUUCUUUUCAUGUUUUAUUCAAUAGUCUUCUGGCAUGUGCAUCUGUAAAUCACCUACAUCUUCAUCUUUUAACUUGGCCUUACGAUUCCGAUUUAAUUAAUCGUAGAUGUGAACACAUAUUCGACAAUAUGUAUGUUAUCAAACGUCCAAUAUGGUUUGCAUAUGCCAUUGUCUUUCAGUUGGAUGGUCCGGAAUACUAUGAAAAAUUUGUGACGAGUGUGAUGCGCUGUGUAGAAUAUUUAACCACUCACGAAGUGGCACAUAAUAUUUUUCUAUCACGUGCGCAACCACUUAGAACAUCUGGUGAUAUUCGGUCGGAAGACAGGUUGAAUGUACUUCCUCAGCUUGUGACCGCAUAUAUAUUUCCGCGUCUUUCUGUCGUUGGUUUGUUCACUGUGAUUAUAGGUGCGAAACCAGCGAAAAGUUUCAGUCCAGCGUCAAUGGAACUAUCUGGUUGUUUAACCGCUUAUACGUACCGCUUUUUCGAAACAGUUACUGAAGAAGGAGUACUUCGCAUCAUAGAUGAGGAAGCAACAUUGCCUGUCUCACAGUUUGACCAGAUAUGCCACGAAUUAGCUGAAGUACUGUCCGGAAAGCAUAUGUUUGUCGAACAUAGUGUUACUGAUGAGAGAGAAUCACUGUCAUCACCAGAGUUAGAAGAGUUACGUGAUUCAUUUCAAACUUUCGAUUUGCAGUCGCCGAGACACAUUUACUGA